ACGUUUUAAUAAAAGCUUUUUAAAAAAGUUUUAAUGUGUUUUUUGUUCAAAGUUAACAUAACGAUUAUAUCCUCAUGAAAAGCUUAAAAUUUCUUUGGAGUAAAAAGUUCUCGACCGGCUGAACCUAUGAAAACCUUGUACUACAGUAUAAAUGCUUUGUUAGUGAUAAGUUGUCCUUAUGGCAGAUAAUGUAAAUCAAAUCACUUAUUUAGAAAGGCUUUCAAAUAGUUCUAUUUUUCCUUCUCUAAAUAAAUGCUUAGCAUUAGAUAAAGACUCUGGACAAAGUUCUUCAUCGCCUUCAUCAUUGUUGUUGUCGUCAUCUUCCGGUAGAACAUUGUUCUUUUAUAAAUUUAAUUGUAUGAACGAUUCUGCGACACCUAAAAAAGAAGAUAAAACUGAUGAUUUGGAAAUUUUAUCAUCUAAUCGUGAAAGAUCUUUAACCAAUCAAACUAUUCUUUUAUACGAUUCUUCGUCAAAAGUUUUGACAUCGUCAAAUGGCUUCUCUUCAGAAAACAAUGCUGAAAGUUCUCGGAUCCAGAUGUCUUCAUGUAACUAUGCAAAGUGUGUAAAUGAACUCCCGCCUCCAUAUUCUAUUUCCAACAAUGAUCAUUGUAAUCAAAAUUUAAUGCUAUCGGAAGAUGAAGCCCUAGAUGCUUUCCAAAUGUUUUUAACAAGAAAUUCUUGCUAUAACUAUAAUAUUACAAAACAGAUCUCGACCAAAAAAAUUGCUCCUUGUCAUAGCAAUCAGUACGUUUUGGAAACUUUUUAUGAAGAAAGAAGUGCCAAAUGGCAUCAGGAAGAGCUUAAUGAUCACAUUUGCUUUCAAAAUUAUGGUUCAACACCUGCUAUAUGGGAUAUAGAAGUAGAAGUCCCAACUAUGUUUCAUCAAAAAGAGAUACACUUAGAAAUUCCAAAUACUGCUUCAAUCAAAGAUUGUUCAAGUUGUCUUGGAAAAGGAUUGAGUCAAUGCAUUUCUUGUCAUGGGUUAGGUAAGAUGAAUUGUGUUGUAUGUGAUGGAUUUGGUUUGUUUCAUCAUUCUUACCACACUGAUAAUCGCAGUACAGAAAAAGCAUUGUCAUUAACAUCAGAUUACCGACACUGUCAUUUUUGCAAUGGUGGUAAAGUCAAUUGUACUGAUUGUUCUAGCAGCGGACGAGCCUCUUGUAAACUAUGUCGUGGAAAGGGAAAAGUUAAAAUGUACCUUAGGCUUACGGUGAAAUGGAAAACGCUAAAGUCACAAAAAAUUAUUGAUAAUUUGGAAUUGCCUUCAAAAUGUAUUAACAAAGUUUCUGGCGUAAUAAUCUUUCAAGAACAAAGUGAUCGGGUUUACCCCCUGGUUGAUUUUCCUGUUGAUACAGUUCGAACUAUGUCUCAAAAAACAAUAGAAAAUCAUUUAAAGUUGCUCUCAUAUGCCCGCAUUAUAAAACAGCGCCAUUUUGUUUAUGAGAUUCCAGUUUACGAAGUACAUUCAGUAUGGAGAAGAAAAGACUUAAAAUACUGGAUUUACGGCAAUGAAAAUGAUGUUUACUGUCAAGAAUACUACAAGAAACGUAUUUCGUGUUGUAGUAUUUUGUAAACAGUAGCAUUAUCAAAGCGUUAAAGUGACAGUCCUAAAUACUGCAAAAGUUAACGUGAUGUAGAUUUUUAUAAACAAUGACGAAGUAUCAGAAUAUUUUUUUUGCAAAGUUGCUUAAAAGUAAAUUAAA